UACUCUUCGCUGCGUUUCAUCUCUUUCCUAAAACCCUAAAGCUCUGGCAAUGGCGUUCAGCAACAUCGUCAGAAGAACGGCUGUGCAAAUCGCGCCUGUCGCCGCUCGAUUCAUUGGAAGAGCUCAGAGGUAUAACCACCACUGCUCUUCUCCCCUCUUCUCCUCCUCCGCCGCCAAUCGCGUGGGUGUUUCUGGAAGCUUUUUCCGCAGCGCAGUCCCUUCUGGAUUACACCACUUCUCCACCAAAUCUGAUGAGGCCCUUCUCAAAGUCAUCGAGUCCGAGAUCGGAUGCGCCGUAGAAACCGAAGGAAUUGACAAGGUUGAGGAUGUUCCUGCUGGUUUUCCAUUUAAAAUUGAAGAUAAUCCUGGAUAUCAGACCAUAACACUGACAAGAGAGUAUCAAGGUGAAACCAUCUGUGUUGAAGUGCACAUGCCUGACCUUGUUACUGGGGAAGAGAAUCAGGAAGUAGCAUCCGGGGAUGAGGACAAUGAACAGGGCAGUGAGUCCCAAAUUCCUCUUGUUGUAAGAGUUUCCAAGAAGAAUGGACCUGCACUGGAGUUCGGCUGCACGGCUUAUCCUGAUGAAAUUUCGAUAGAUAGCUUGUCAAUUAGGGAUCCCAAUAGUGCGGAGGACCAAAUUGCAUAUGAAGGCCCUGAUUUCACGGAUUUGGAUGAGAAUCUUCAGAAGGCUUUCCACAAGUAUCUCGAGAUCAGGGGCAUCAAGCCGAGCACGACCAACUUUUUGCAUGAGUACAUGAUAAACAAGGAUGGGAGGGAGUACUUGAUGUGGCUUAAAAACCUCAAGAAGUUCGUUGAGGCUUGAUUGAUAGAUAGUUAGAUGUUUGCUUACCUCUUUUGAAACUUGCUUACCUCUUUGGAAGGUGUAGUGUGGUAGCUUUUACUAUGUUAUUUUUUGCCUGACAAUACACUGUUUUAGUUGGUUUUAAUGAAAGGUAGAGGAUGAUACUAUUUGUGUUGGUAGAAAUUGGUACAAUUCUAUCAUUCUAUGUAACAUUGUAGCCAUGAAGAGUCAAAUUGUCGGCUAUGCAAGUCUUUUACUUGUUCGAAUCAUGAAUAAAGGUUUUGAUGAUUGUUUGUCAA